GGCGCUGACGUCGCCGAGGGGCCGGGGCGAGGAGGCUGCGGCUCGGGGCGGGCAAGAUGGCGGCAGCGGCGGGUGACGGUUGCAGAUGGACAUGUCACGGGCAGAAGAUAGUUUGGACGAUGUGUUUUGCUAGUGUAUCUCUGCAGUUUCAGUUCUAACAAUGGAUAAGUGUAAGCACAUAGGACGCCUGCGACUGGCCCAAGAUCACUCCAUUCUGAAUCCACAGAAAUGGCAUUGCAUGGACUGCAAUACUACCGAGUCUGUGUGGGCAUGCCUCAGCUGCUCACACGUGGCGUGUGGGAGAUACAUUGAAGAACAUGCACUAAAGCACUUUCAGGAGAACGGUCACCCGGUGGCAUUGGAAGUAAAUGAGCUGUAUGUUUUCUGUUAUCUCUGUGAUGAUUAUGUUCUUAAUGAUAAUGCAACUGGUGAUAUAAAACUGUUGCGAAGUACAUUAAGUGCAAUCAAGAGUCAAAAGUAUGAGUGUACUACUCGUAGUGGGAGGACUUUGCGUUCUAUGGGUGCCAGUGAUGAUUCUUACCUUUCACACGACGCUGCCCAGGCCUUGCUUCGCAAUCAGGACCGCAUGUUCACAGCAUUGUGGCACAGAAGGCGUGCGUUCAUGGGCAAAAUAUUCAGGUCGUGGUUCCAGCUGACACCCAGCGGAAAAAAGAUUUUGGAAGAAGAAAAGCGUUUGGAAGAAGAGGAGGAAAGGAGGAACAAAGCUAGAAAGAGGAGACAAGAACGAAAGCGCCAGUUGAAGGAAGAGAUGGAAAAGAUGCCUCCGAGAAAGAGCUGCCGUUUACAAAACCAGAUGAGAAUGUCCUCACAAACAUCUGUCAUGCAAAAGACAUCACAGAACAUGGAAUCUGUGUCAGAGUUGAAAGAAACGUAUACCUCAGAUGAAGUAAGACUGAAAAAAAUAGGUGACUCUCCAAUUAAACGAAGGCCCACCGUGACUCCCGGGGUAACAGGACUGAGGAACCUGGGAAACACGUGCUAUAUGAAUUCUAUCCUGCAGGUAUUAAGUCACUUACUUAUUUUUCGAGAAUGCUUCUUAAAGCUUGAUCUCAACCAAACUCAGGAACUGCUGGCAACAGCAGCCAGUGGUAAAACCAGGUCUUCAUCCAGGCGCUCGUCAAUAACUGCUUCAACAUUGCAAGUGAAUGAGAACCAAGAGAAAGGAAGGGGAUCAUCUUCUGUGAGACGAUCUAAUUUAUCCUCUGGAUUAAGUGGAGGAGCAUCAAAAAGUAGAAAUAUGGAACUCAUUCAGCCCAGGGAGCCCAGUUCAAAGCAUAUUUCUCUUUGUCACGAGCUGCAUACUCUGUUUCAAGUGAUGUGGUCUGGCAAAUGGGCGCUGGUGUCUCCUUUUGCCAUGCUUCAUUCUGUCUGGAGACUAAUUCCAGCCUUCAGAGGAUAUGCCCAACAAGAUGCUCAGGAAUUUCUUUGUGAACUUUUGGAUAAAGUGCAGCAGGAACUGGAGACUACGGGGACCAGAUACCCAGCUCUCAUCCCUGCUGCUCAAAGAAAACUUAUAAAACAGGUUUUGAAUGUGGUGAACAACAUUUUUCACGGACAGCUAUUAAGUCAGGUUACGUGCCUUGCCUGUGACAAUAAGUCAAACACCAUAGAACCUUUCUGGGACCUGUCACUGGAGUUCCCCGAGAGGUAUCACUGCAAUGGCAAGGAGAUGGCAUCGCAGUAUCCCUGUCCGCUGACAGAAAUGCUGGCCAAGUUUACAGAAACUGAAGCUUUGGAAGGAAAGAUAUAUGCGUGUGAUCAGUGCAACACAAAACGCAGGAAGUUUUCUUCUAAACCAGUUAUACUCACAGAAGCUCAGAAGCAGCUUAUGGUGUGUCGACUACCUCAGGUUCUCCGAUUACACCUGAAGAGGUUUAGGUGGUCAGGACGCAAUCAUCGUGAAAAGAUCGGCGUGCAUGUUAAUUUUGAUCAAAUACUGAACAUGGAGCCUUACUGCUGCAGAGAAUCCCUCAAGUCUCUCCUACCCGACUGCUUUAUCUACGACUUGUCUGCUGUAGUAAUGCAUCACGGGAAAGGAUUUGGCUCAGGGCACUACACUGCCUACUGCUACAAUUCAGAAGGAGGAUUUUGGGUACACUGCAAUGAUUCAAAACUCAACAUGUGCACUAUGGAAGAAGUAUGCAAGGCUCAAGCCUACAUUUUGUUUUACAGCCAACGACUUUCUCAGGCAAAUGGACUUGGUAAAAUAUGUCCUAGCACAUCUGAAAGUCAGCAGCACACAGAGUUAGCUGACUGUUCUGUGGACAGCAGUAGCAGCUAAUCCAAAGGCAAUUAACUGUGUGUAUGGUGAAGUUUGAAUUGUCGUAACUAUAUAUUUUUAAAUGAAAUGCAAGUACAGUGUUGUACUUUCUGACUUUGAAUCUGUUGUACAAUGUUUAUAUACUUUUGUAUUAGGUAAAGUGCUCUUUACGACUGUUAGUGAAAGUUUUUAUCGACAGUAAGUAACUUUCUAAGUACUUAGAAUUUCAAUACAGUUAUUUUUUUAAGAAAAAGAUUGCCAUUUGCAUUUAACUCUUACCUCAGGCUGUUUUUUAAGCUGUUUUUGUAUUUUGAUAAUCUUUUUGGUUUAGAAUAAUGACUUUCAAUGGAAAACUGAUGUUUCUGUGGUUAAUUUUCUAUAUAUGCCUGUGUACAUUUUAUAGUAUAGUUCUAAUGAUAUCAUGACUCUUACUUUCUGCAGGAAUUGCUACUAGGUCUUAGAAUAUUAACAUUCACCAGCAAGAAAUGUUCUACAUGUUGAAUAGUAACCGAACUUUUAAUAAGAAACUUUUUGUAUUCCUGACUAAAGUGGAAUUUGCUUGAACUCUUCUCCCCACACCUUCAAGAGAGCUACGCUAAAUGUUAUAGAAUCACAGAAUGGCUUGGGGGGGUGGGGGGAAGGACAGUAACGCUUCUCUAGUUCUAACCCUCUGCCAGGGGCAAGGCUGCCACCUACCAGCUCAGGCUGCUCAGGAUCCCAAUCCAAUCUGGCCUUGAAUGUCUCCAGGGAUGGGAUGUCCACAGCACCUCUGGGUGAUUUGUUCCAGUGCCCCAUCACCCUCUUCAGUGGAAAUUUCCCCCCUAACUACCAUGCUAAAUGACUCCUCCUCUUUCUUUUAGUUGAAAGCCAUUUUCCCUCAUGCUAUCACACUGUCUAAAAGGUUGGUCCCCCUCUCCUGCUUGUAAGCAGCCUUUCACCUCUCAAAGGCCACAAUGAGGUCUCCACAGAGCCUUCUGUUCUCUGGGCUGAACAAGCACAGCUCCCUCAGCCUUUAUUCGUAGCAGAGGUGUUCCAACAGUUCCCUAUGCUCCUUGUGCUGGGGGCCCCAGGCCUGGAUGCAGUACUCCAGAUGAGGUUUCAUGAGGGCAGAGUAGAGGGGGAAAGUCCUCUCCCUGCUGGCCACUCCUCUUUUGAGGCAGCCCAGGAUACCACUGGCCUUCUGGGCUGCGAGAGCACACUGCUGGCUCACGUUAAGUCAAAUAGACACACAGGCCAUCUACCCCCAAGUCCUCCUCAGGGCUGCUUUCAAGGAGUUCUUGUCCCAGUGCGUACUCAUUGGGAUUGCCCCUGCCCAAGUGCAACACUUGCUGAACAUGAUUUGGGCCCACUUCUCAAGGUACAUCAAUAAAGAGUUUCUUAAAGUCUGAAAUUAAGGAAAUAAAGCACAUACUUAUUUUCAUAUAAGUAUUUAAAGCACAAGAAUGUAUGUAUGUUUACUAAGACUUCCAUGUUUCAGCCUUAAUGCAUCUGAUGAUUUAAAAUUCAAUGGCCAAAUCCCAAGUACUGAUUUUGAAAACUGAGGCCUUUUUAUUCCAGUAACAUAAGAAGCUUUCUUAUCAACAACCACCAAAAAAACCACACGCACAGUCAUUGUUAUGAGGAUGUCAGCAUCUCCCAUCUGACAUGGGACAAGCUUACUUUAUUUAAAUUGUAGCAUUUUCCAUUUCAGUAAUCACUAACACGAGCCUUUGAAAAGAAACUGUAAAAUGUGUCUGAAAGCAUUUUGCAUCUGACUGGUUUCCUCAGCUACAACUGCUGUACCUUCUGCAUGGUCCUACCACUAGCAUUAACAGAACUGUGCACGGAGGAGAAUCAUCAGGCCAGAAUUGUCAAGUCUUUCUCCAGCUGCAGCAGUUAAUGCCAAGUAAAUGUUAGUUGUGAAGUUAUUUUUGCAUAAUUCCUAUGCAAAUUGUUACCUCAUCUUCUGCAAAGUUUAUACCUCAAUAAAAUGCCUUGAUAUGGACAGAAAACUAUAUGUGUACUGAUUGAUAGUAGUUCUUUCCUACAUUAUUUAAAAAACAAAACAAACCCAGCUUUGUCUAACUGUGGUUAAGGCAUUAUGUACAGGACUGCUUUGGCCAUCUGUCACCGACAGAAUGCUGGUUUUGUUCAUACUUUCAAGGUGAAUCUUCUACUGCCAUCAUUAUUUAAGUUUCCAAAAGAUGCUAUGUUAUAGCAAGUACCUGAUGGCCACUCUAUGGCCGGCUGUGUCCAGCUCCAGCAGCACUGCACUGUCCCCAUCCCAUACUACAGAAAGGGGUUGGGGGGGUGAGAGGAAGUACCUGGGCAGCUCUGGCACUGGCUCCAUACUGCAACCAGUCACUGUCCUGUUAGCUGCUCAGUUUUCCAUCUAGGCUCUGAUGCAACAGAGCUUUUUGCUGUUGGGCAAGACCAAGUUCACUUGACUUCUGUAAACUGCAGUCACAAGCUUCCAGCCCCUGGGGAGAGGGGAUGGGCUUUAACCAUGUACAGCUGGUGGAAACUGCUAUAAACUGACAGCGUGUGCACACACUGCAUCAGGAGUGAUGUUCGGGCAGCCAAACAUAAGAAAAAGCAGCUUGGUUAUUUUAUGAUCAGAAAACUACUACAGUUACUGCAGUGCAAGUCUCUGAUAUGCAAUGGUUUCAUCAAGAGACCAUCUAGUGUGGUCCGGUUAUCAGACAGUAUGUCCAGCUUUGUAAUUGCAGCCAGCGAUAGGAAAAGGCAGCCUG